AGACUGCUGCAUAUAGAAUAUCUACUGCCUUCUCCACCCCAUAAAGAGAAGAACCACUGACUUGACAAGGAGAUGAGGCCUUUGGCUCCACUGAAAGGUUACAGGGUGCCCAGCGUGGCAAACAAGGAUGCUUCUUAAUAAUUUCAAAAGUUAAAAAAAUGCCAAAGGGAAAGCAGAGUGCUGUGGUUCUGGGAACUCUGUCUCUCCACCUCCCCCCUUUAAGUUUUACUACUUUUAUCUCCUUCAAUAUUUUCUCCUACUCUCACCAGAGAAGAUCAAGAUGAGUCUACGGAAACAAACCCCCAGUGACUUCCUAAAGCAAAUCAUUGGAAGACCAGUCGUUGUCAAAUUGAAUUCUGGAGUAGAUUACCGAGGUGUCCUGGCUUGCCUGGAUGGGUAUAUGAACAUAGCUCUGGAACAGACAGAAGAGUAUGUGAAUGGACAGCUAAAGAACAAGUAUGGAGAUGCGUUUAUCCGAGGAAAUAAUGUGUUGUACAUAAGCACUCAGAAGAGAAGGAUGUGAAGAUGCCAGGAGGAGGCUGUUUUGUACUUGUGAACCUCUUUGAAGUGAUGAGCCCUGUUUGAUUUGUAGUUAAUCACCCACAGGUGGCAUACACAAGUGGUUAAGUAUUUUUUUAAAUAAAUGUAAGCCAGUGUAAA